AUGUCGCUCUCAAUACCGAAUGCGCCCAACUCUGGGUUGUUCAAGCCUGGCUACCAAAACUAUGACGCCGAAGAUGGCGCCGUCAUUCGCAACAUCGACGCCUGCAGAACCAUCGCGUCAACAGUGCAGACCUCCCUCGGACCCUACGGACGCAACAAAAUCGUCAUCAACCACCUGCAAAAGAUGAUCCUCACCAACGACGCCGCCACGAUCCUCCGCGAACUGGACGUCGUCCACCCUGCCGCCAAGCUCCUCGUCAUGGCUUCGCAGCAACAAGAGGCGGAGAUGGGCGAUGCCACCAACAUGGUCAUCGUCUUCGCCGGCGAGCUGUUGAAGAAGGCAGAAGAGUUGAUCCGAAUGGGCCUCAAGACGAGCGAUAUCGUACAGGGCUUUGAGCGCGCGGGAGACUUUGCGCUCAAGGAGCUGGAGGAGCUGGAGGUGGAUCGUGUUGAGGAUAUCAGAUCGUCGGCCGAGCUGGCCAAGGCUUUACGAACGGUCAUUGCGGCGAAACAGUCCGGUUCUGAGGACGGUCUGUCGAGGAUGGUGGCCGAGGCGGUCCUCGCCGUGCUGCCGAAGAACCCUGCGAAUUUCAACGUGGACAAUAUCCGAGUGGUCAAGAUCAUGGGUGGUUCGAUCGAGCAGUCGAGAGUGGUACGAGGAAUGGUCUUCGGACGAGAACCGGAGGGAACUACAAAAAAGGCGACGAAAGCCAAGGUGGGAGUUUUCAGUUGCCCGAUCGAUAUCUCACAGACCGAGACCAAGGGAACGGUGCUGUUGAAGAGCGGAAAAGAGCUCUUCAACUUCACCAAGGGCGAGGAGACACAGAUGGAGAACAUUGUUAAGGAACUACACGACUCUGGCAUUCGCGUGGUUGUGGCUGGUACCACCGUCGGCGAGCUUGCGAUGCACUACCUCAACCGUGCGGGAAUUCUGGUUAUCAAGGUUCUUUCUAAAUUCGAGCUUCGACGGCUAUGCAGGGUUGUCGGCGCCACUCCUCUCGCUCGUCUUGGCGCACCGAUGCCCGAGGAGAUGGGCAACAUCGAUAUCGUGGAGACUCUCGAGAUCGGCGGCGACCGUGUGACUGUCUUCCGACAAGAAAACGACCAGACCCGUACCGCGACCAUUGUCCUUCGCGGCGCCACUCAAAAUCACCUCGAUGAUGUUGAGCGCGCAGUCGAUGACGGCGUCAACGUCGUCAAAGCCAUCACCCGCGACCCACGUCUCGUCCCGGGGGCUGGCGCCACGGAGCUGCAGCUCGCACAGAGAAUCACCGCCCUGGCUGAGCGUACUCCAGGCUUCGACCAGUACGCCAUCCAGAAAUUCGCCGAGGCCUUCGAGGUCAUCCCGCGUACGCUCGCCGAGAGCGCGGGUCUCGACGCCACCGAAGUCCUCGCGAGACUCUACACCGCGCACCACAACGCGAGCCGACCCAAGCCCGCCACCAAAUCCUCCAAAUCCAAAGACGCCGAACCUGCCGCCCCCGCCGCCGCCAAGAACGAGGACGAUGACGAAGACGAUGAGGAAGUCCCCUGCUUUGGAGUCGACCUCGACAACUCCUCUGGCACUGGCGUUAUCGAUGCCGAGGAGGAAGGUAUCCUCGAUCUCUUGGUCACCAAAUUUUGGGCGAUCAAGCUGGCGACGGAGGCUGCGAGAACGGUUCUCAGUGUGGACCAGAUCAUUGUGGCGAGACAAGCGGGUGGUCCGAAGCCGCCUGGGCCGAAUCCCAACUGGGAUGAGGAUGAUUGA